AUGGAGGUGACCGACUCAAGCUCUGUCGUCGGAACAUGGCUUGUCCACAAGGACUAUCUUCUGAAAACUGAAAACAACCAAGGGAAACCUAGCCUAUUGCAAGUUAUUCGAAGAUUAUUAAAACCAGAGCAAGGUCUCCAUCCAGAUUUCUGGAGUGAAGCCUUCAGUCCCUUCACACUUUCACGGUGUACAAGAGAAGAAGGAUCAAAAGGAAGGUGGUGGAAGAAAAUCUUAGAUAUUGAAGAGACCAAAAAACAGGUCCUGUUUUUACUGCCAGCAAUUCUAACUAAUGUGCUCUAUUCCUUCAUCAUAAUUGUUUCCGUCAUGUUUGCUGGCCACCUCGGUGAGCUUCAGUUGGCUGGUGCAACCUUGGCCAAGUCAUGGGCCAAUAUUACUGGUUUCGCAUUCAUGGUUGGGUUAAGUGGAGCUCUUGAGACGCAUUGUGGGCAAGGGUUUGGUGCAAAGUCAUAUAGAUUGUUGGGGAUUUAUCUCCAAGCUUCCUGUAUCAUAUCUUUGGUAUUCUGUUCCAUCAUAUCUGUAAUCUGGCUGUUUACAGAACCAGUGCUUAUUUUGUUCCAUCAAGACCCUCAAAUUUCAAAAUCUGCAGCUCUUUUUUUGAAAUAUCUGAUUCCAGGAUUAUUUGCAUAUGGUCUCCAGCAAAAUAUCUUGAGAUUUCUUCAGACGCAAUCCGCAUCUGUAAUGCCAAUAAUCUUCUCUGUAAUAUCCAUCGUUAGUCACAUUGGUAUUACAUAUGGUUUGGUACAUUGGACAGCUCUUGGUUUUAGGGGAGCUCCACUAGCAGCUUCAAUUUCACUGUGGAUAUCGGUUCUUAUGUUGGCCUUGAACAUUCGAUGUUCAAAGAAUUUUGAGCAUACAUGGGAAGGAUUUUCGUUGGAAUCAUUCAGUUACAUCCACACUGGUUUGAAACUUGCCCUCCCCUCUGCAGCAAUGGAAUGUUUGGAAGAAUGGGCCUUUGAGAUUUUGGUGUUCAUGGGAGGAUUGAUGCCAGACUCAGCGAAAACCACUGCACUGCUUGCACUGUGUGUGAACAUACAAGAAAUUGGGUACAUGGUGAUAUAUGGCCUCAGUUCUGCUGCCAGCACAAGAGUUUCAAAUGAACUGGGAGCAGGCAAUGUGGAUUGUGCUAAGGCGGCAAUGGCUGUUACUCUUCAGCUCUGUGUGCUUCUUGCUAUUCUUGUUGUUCUAGCUGUGGCGUUUGGUCACAAUAUCUGGGUUCACUUAUUCAGUAACAGCCAUACAAUAAGGGAGGAAUUUUCUUCUAUGAUACCAUUUCUUGCGAUUUCAAUAGCUAUUGAUUCUGUUCAAGGGGUCUUUUCAGGCGUGGCAAGAGGAUGUGGGUGGCAGCAUUUGGCUUUGUAUGUAAACUUGGGCACAUUCUAUUUCAUAGGUUUAACAAUUGCUGGUAUUCUUGGAUUUAAGUUGAAACUAUAUGCCCAGGGCUUGUGGAUUGGGAUCAUAUGUGGUCUCUCAUGUCAAUCGAGUGCUCUUCUGUUAAUCAUGCUGCUGAAGAAGUGGACUAAAUCUACAACAAUCGGAGAUGAUCCCAGGGGAAGUAAACCAGUUUCGGAGCCUAAAAUGUGAAGUGGCUAGCAAUAGACUGGCAGGGCAUGUAACUGCAAUAAUUGAUCUAAAGUGUUACAUAUGUUGGAGUUCUAUACCUUCAAAGUUAUUCUGAACUCUGAAUUGGGUUUAUAUCCAAAAGGAAGAAACUCUAAAAUCUCUAUCAACCUUGCCCUUGUUUGAUUUGAUGCAUGCUGAAGCUUAAGUUUUAUGUUUUCAGCAGCUUUUAGAUGCCUCAAACUAUGACA